AUGGCAUCUGAAGCCCACAAUAAAAGAAAAAAAGCCUUUUGUAAUAAUAUUGAGGAUCAUUCCACUGAUCUUCCUAGAAAAGGGAUCUCAAAUUUUACUAAUAAGAGCAUGAAGGAGGUUAGUAAAGCUCCCAAACUCUUGGCUUACGUAAAUAGAACAGUUGGACAAGCUGUGGAAAACCCAAAUAAACUACAUCAGGGGAUCUACCACAGAAAGAAAUUGCAUCAUCCUUUUCCAAAUUCUGGUUGCAGGGAAAAAAAACAGUCCCCUUCAAGUGGUGGCUCUGACAUGGCAAAUAAAGAAAAUGAACUGGCUUGUGUAGCCCACCUGCCUGAAAAGGUACGCCAUGAUCAUCGAACAUAUUUGGUUAACUCCAGCGAUUCUGGUUCUUCACAGACAGAAAGCCCAUCAUCAAAACAUAGUGGGCUUUUUUCUGAGGUUUCAAUGGCACAGGUUUUGUUCAGCAGGAAUUUGAGAUUGAAUGUAGCUGUAACAUUCUGGAGAAAGAGGAGUAGAAGUGAACUUGUAGUUUAUUGGGUGAAGAUAGAAGAACUUGGAGCUGUUGUGGACUGCCUUCCUGUGCUCACCAAUAGUUUACAGGAAGAAAAACCAUACAUCUCACUUGGCUGCUGUGGAGAUUUGCUGCCUUUAGGAAAGCUCCUACUGAAAAGCAAAUUUGAAGAAUAUAUAAUAGUUGGUUUAAACCAGCUUCAAGCAGUCAUAAAAAGGUGGUGGUCAGAACUAUCAUCCAAAACAGAAAUUAUACAUGAUGGAAAUAUUCUGAUUGUAAAACAACAGUUAAGGGGAUUAUGGGAACAGGAAAACCAUCUUACUUUGGUUCCAGGAUAUACUGGUAAUAUAGCCAAGGAUGUAAAUGCUUAUUUAUUACAGUUGCAUUGA